UGCGGGGGAUGCAAUUGAUGAUCCUUCGAGGAAGCGUGAUGGCGCCGGCAGCGCUGGUCUGCAAGAUUUGCAGGGCUUCCCUAUCUCAGCCAAGCCGAACUAACGCGUGACGACCUCAACUCCUCACCAGCCAGACCGCUUCAGUUUACGCUCGACUUGGCCAGCCUCCGGUAUUAAGGAUCGUUUCUUCCGCCACGCGGACGGCAUCCUUGCCGAUCUCCCAUAUUGUCAUGACUGCCUCUCAAGAUCAUCGCCACUUUCGGUGACGCAGGGGCAUUUCUGCCUUCAUUGCCCACCAUGUGCACGUACGACUACACACCUUACACUGGUUGCAACGAUGGCCAACAACACUACUACAUUCAGUGGGUGAAGUGCAACACCGCCGUUGAGAGGGGAAGGUAUUGCUCCGUCGAAGCUUCGCACAGGGUCGAACAGCUCAGGAAGCUGUCUACCAACGUCCUCUCCUGCCCGCUGCACGGGCCCAUUGCUGUCCAGCAGUUUGUUCUCGACUCGGUCAAUGCGCGGCCACAGGACGACGACAACGCAGAGGAACCAUACCCUCAACACACCACCGGUCCAGCCGCAUCUGCUAGGGACAGGACUCCGAACACGGAGAGUUCUGACCGGGAGCUGGAACAACCAACUCGCAGAGAUGUUCGCAAACGGAGGUCAAGACGGGAACUCGUCUUGGACUCAUCCGAUUCCGAGUCAUCAGCGUCCUUCGCUACUCGCCCAAGGGCUGCUGGGCGGACCAAGACCUCGGGCGACCGAGAGCGCAUGGAGAGGCAGAGAAGCAGGAGCACUCAUCGCUCUCAUAGGCGCUCAAUUUCGGCGGAUGUCGCUCUGCCGCCCCCGCCGAGCCUAACAAAGCGCCAUGGCCGGAGUGAGAUCUCAUUACCUUUGGGGAACGGAGUGGAGGCACAAGUGGAAGAACGGCGGCCAUCAAUCACAGGGCGGCAGACACGACCCAAGAACUCGUUGGACAUUCCGCGUGCUGUUGGCGUCAUGGGCUUGCCAUCAAGCCCGGACAUGCACCGCAGAUGCAGCGUCCAUCGGAGCCGAAGCGAAGGGGUGUUGAGGCAUGCGACCGAGGGGCAGUCUGAGCCUACCCAGCCUGUCCCAAGAAACGCCGUGUCUCCAUCGUGUGACGACCCUCCGGACCAGAAUCCGGAUCUCCUUCUCAGCAGCCCCAAUCGCCGGGGCCGAAGGGCCGGCGCCCGCUCCAUCCGGGACAGGAGCGUGGAUACCACGAUGAGACGGAUCGAUGAGCAUGUGGCUCCAGAGGAUACUGAGAGGAACAUCGGCCACGCACAGGAGAUACCAACACCAGACACACGGAGCUCCGUGACAACAUCACCAGAACCACAAGCCAGAGGCCACGCCGCACCACGUAACGCAAUCGGCACCACGUACCACAAGAGGUCAGGUUCGAGACCUCGUCUCGACACCCUCCAAAUCCCCCAGACCCGAGCCCCGUAUCAACGCGACGCCUACUCGGCGCCUACAGCUACCCCACCCGAAACCGACAUCAACGAGGACCGGCCCGCCCGAAGACGAGCCAAGUCUCUCCGCCACGUCGACAUCUCACUCGCCACCAUCGAGCCCCUUCCUCCCCUGGUCCCCAUGGCUCACCGGAAUGAAGAAACGGCCUCAAUCCGUAGUGUCCGUUCAAGACGCCUCGAAGACCAAGUCGUCGAGGGGCGCAAGUGGGCUGCCGCACGCGAGCACAUACCGCCGCCGCCCCCAAGGGUGGCCGGGAGGGAGUCGGUGGACAGCGGGUACCUGAGCGGACACCAGCCGCAGCGGAGCUGGGAGUCGGUCGGACCUUCUGCCGCGGCAGAUGUCGUCUCCAAACCUGGAGGCAAGGCGGGGAGGAAUACCUUGCAGAAGGCGCCGCCUCAGAGUCAGACUCAAGCACAAAGCCAAGCUCAGACUCAAACUCCGGGGCAACGGCAGGGGCAGGGACAGGGCGAGACACAACGCCCCAUCCCGGCACCGUUGGACUUGGGGGCUGCCAGGCUGCCGCCGUGUAUGUUGCCGGUCUCGCUGAUGUCGCCGGGAGUACAAUCGGAAACGGACGUCAGUCCCGUCGCGAAAGGGAGCAAGGGGACGCUGCUGCAGCGGAUGGGGCUGAGGAGGAAGUUCAGUGGGUUGUUGUGGGACCGCGGCGGGCAAAGGGAGGUUGGCGUUGAGGGGUAGGUCUUGGUCUGGUGAUUGGGAUUGCAUGUUGUGUCUACGGAUACAUCAUAACCCGGUGCAUCUACAAGUCCGUCUUCCUUGGGUUAGGGCAUACUUACUUAAUGUGUGGAGGAUUAAGAUGUAAAGUAUUGAUGACUUGAUGGAUGGUGAACACCUCCUCAAUCGGUGUUGACCUUUCAAUGACUUUCUGCUGCUGUGUGGUUCAAGCUGUCCCUUUCCUGUAAGCCCUCUUAACGCCAGCAUCCACUGAAAAAAGGGGCACCACCACAACGGCAGGGAGAUGUAUGGUAUAGCUUGUUCUUGUAUUAUUCGUAUUGAACAAUAUUAAGGCAUCAGAAGCC